AACCCUCUGUCAUUCGUGUAAUAUUAGAGAAUAUCGUUUAAGAAACAUCGAUAAUAUAUAUAAACCUAAUUUAUCGGAUAAUAGAGAUAACUUCAUGAAAGGAGAUAAUCCAAUAAAUGGACUUUUAGGCAAUGUACAUACAAUGAAGAGUCUUUAAACAUUCACACGCGUAGACCUUAUACUACAAGCAAUGAGUGCAUGGAAAGCGUAACAACAUAGAGGGCGCUUUUUGAUUACUCGAUUACUCGUACGAAUGGUAGUGCGGGGUAGCAGGGAAAUUCUAAAUAAACGCAAAGAUCAACUAAUGAAAAUAUCCAACUAUAACUACAACACUGCAAAAGAAUUAUUAAAUACAAUUGAAAACGAAAAAAAGAAAAAUCGGAAAGAAAAAAAUAAUGAGAGCUAUGUAUUGAAACAAAGACCAUCAAGUAUUACAAAUUUUGAAAAAAGAGUCAACUUUAAGCACUCAUUACUAGAUCAAAUAGAAUGUAACAAGGUUAAAAAAGAAACAGACAAGAUCGCAUCUUUAAAAUGUGAAAAACUGAUGCAAAAAGAAUUGUUAAAAAAUCUAUAUGAUGAAAGAAUAAGAAAUAUAGAAGCAAAAAACCGGUCAAAAGAAAAUUAUUUAAUUAUCCUUGAUGAACACCUAAAAAAUAAAACUAAAAUUACAGAAGAACAGAAGACAAAAGAUAAGACAAUACCAUUGUCUCAAACUUUUAGUUUCGGCCCUGAUCAAGCUAAAUUGCAGAAAUUUGACAAUUGCAAACAUCGUCAAAUAGCCAAUUACCAAUUGAAACAGAAAAAUGAGCGAAAUCUUGAACUCCAAGAAGAAAAACAGAAAAACAUUGAUUUUGAAAGAAGUUUGUUGAAUCAGCUUAAAGAAAAAGACGAAAUAUUGCAGAGAAAUUUGUUACAAAAAAAAUUAAGCCAAAAGAAAUUCUUAAGUGAAGAUUGGAACAAAUUAUUGGGCAUGUCAGAAACCGAACGUCGUAAAAACGAAGUACCCGGUUCAUAUCCUAUGAGUUUUCCACUGAAAAAAACUGCAAAACGAUGUCGAAUAUGUAAAAAAAACGGCCUGGGAUUUCUUGUGGAAAAAAUAAGCGAUUUCAUGUGUUAAAAAUAUUAACUGGAUAAUAUAUUAUACAGAAUGUUUAGGAUUGUAUGUGCCAAAAUACAAAA